AUGGCAGAAAAUGCAAUGUUAAGAGUGGAUAUCAUUGAUAGGAUAAAAUAUAUUUUGAACGAGCACAAUCCUUUUGUCCAUACUCUCCGACAUCUUGCCCAACGAGAUGACAUACAACAAUGCAAGUUUGUCAUAAAAGAGCAACCUCCUAACCAACAUAAUUAUUCAAUGCCUUUAACCUCUCAAUUUGCAGCAGUUGUUGUCGGAGGUGAUGAUAUUGCCAACCUGAAAGAAAGGGAUGUCAUGGUAGAGUCUGUCACUGGACGACUCAUGUAUAUCAAAGAGACUGCAUGCUAUUACGAUCCACUACAAUAUCCUCUAUUAUUUUCUUACGGCUCUUACGGUUGGGAUUUAAACACCAGAUCUUUAACUGGCAAGAAGAUAACAUGCCGAGAAUUUUAUUCGUAUAUGUUUCAGAUGAGAGAAUGUUAUGAUUCUAUAGUCUUAAGAGUUGGCCGCUUAACUCAACAAUUUGCUGUGGACAACUGUGUAAAGAUGCAAGCAUCCAAUUUGAGAUGGGUUGCACUCAACCAAGACACAAUUCGUGCAGAUUUGUACAAGGGACUAGAGGAUUCAUACAAUGCCGGAUAA